UCCUAGGCAAAGUACACGUUUCCGUAUAUAAUAAGAGUAGGUACUUGUUUUUAAGGCAGUACCUAUGCAUCUCGUAUUCGAACCAGUUAUAAACAUUUUGUGUCGCGGUGUUCGCGAAUUUUAACGUAGUGGUGAUAAGAAAAUCGAGGAAAAUCAUCGGAGUGAUAUUUGGAUUAUUAAUUUUGUAAAGCUUUGAAUUCUAAAAACAAAUCGUAAUCAUGAGUGACGACGACGUAGCAGCAUUAGUAGUAGACAAUGGAUCCGGUAUGUGUAAAGCUGGUUUCGCUGGGGACGAUGCACCUCGAGCAGUUUUUCCAUCAAUCGUUGGACGACCCCGAUAUCAAGGUAUUAUGGUCGGAAUGGGUCAAAAAGACAGCUAUGUGGGAGACGAAGCUCAAUCAAAACGUGGUAUACUUACGGUUAAAUACCCCAUUGAACAUGGUAUCGUAACAAACUGGGAUGAUAUGGAAAAAGUAUGGCAUCACACGUUCUACAACGAAUUACGAGUUGCUCCUGAAGAACAUCCAGUUUUACUCACUGAAGCUCCACUCAACCCUAAAGCAAACAGAGAAAAAAUGACUCAAAUUAUGUUCGAAACGUUCAAUACUCCAGCCAUGUACGUUGCCAUACAAGCUGUAUUGUCUUUAUAUGCUUCCGGUCGUACCACUGGUAUUGUGCUGGAUUCCGGAGAUGGAGUGUCUCAUACUGUUCCUAUUUACGAAGGUUACGCUCUGCCACAUGCUAUUUUACGUUUAGACCUCGCCGGUCGUGAUUUGACCGAUUACUUGAUGAAAAUCCUUACUGAAAGAGGAUACAGUUUUACUACAACAGCAGAACGAGAAAUCGUACGAGAUAUCAAAGAAAAAUUAUGUUACGUAGCUUUAGAUUUUGAACAAGAAAUGGCCACUGCUGCUUCUUCCAGCUCAUUAGAAAAAUCAUACGAAUUGCCCGAUGGACAGGUUAUAACCAUCGGAAACGAAAGAUUCCGUUGUCCCGAAGCUAUGUUCCAACCAUCAUUCCUCGGUAUGGAAUCAGCCGGUAUCCAUGAGACGACUUACAACUCGAUUAUGAAAUGCGACGUCGAUAUUAGAAAAGACUUAUACGCCAAUUCAGUACUUUCUGGAGGUACCACGAUGUAUCCAGGUAUCGCCGACAGAAUGCAAAAGGAAAUCACUGCUUUAGCUCCUUCGACAAUGAAAAUCAAAAUAAUUGCACCACCCGAACGUAAAUAUUCCGUAUGGAUAGGAGGUUCGAUUUUAGCUUCAUUGUCUACCUUCCAACAGAUGUGGAUAUCGAAACAAGAGUACGAUGAAUCGGGUCCUUCUAUCGUACAUCGUAAAUGUUUCUAAAAAAUUUCUCCUUGAAUGAAAGUGUCUGUUUAUCUCCCUGUUUAAUACGAAUUACCUAUAGAAUGACAUUGUAGGUAUUGCUUUUUAGUCAUUUUUUUGAUUACAUCUCGAUCUGCUGCGUGAGAUUUGCGAUCGAGUACGACAGUUGAUAUUGUUUAUAGAACUAUUUAUUUUAUUACUUACCAUUAUAUAUUUUGUUCUGUUAUGUUAAUUUAUAAAUCAAUUAUAAUAAAUGAAGUUAACAAAUCAAAAA